AACACUUCUAAAAUUAUAAUCAAAACACUAACGUAGAAGUUCUCCCCCUCCCUCUUCCUUAGUAGCUUCAUUUAUGUUAUGUAGUUUUUUUUUUUAAACAUUGGCCCAAUGAAAACAAAAAUGACAGAUCACCACGGCGCUGAUCCACCCUUCCACCCACCUGUGUUUUUGGGUUUGCGGCGGCAGGCGGAAUCUCUCAAGCCAUCCCGAUUUACCAGGGAGAAAGGACCGGGCAAGGACAAGGAAUGUUUGCGGAAAACAUUCAAUCAUCAUCGAGGAAAGCAAUGGCCCUCCAGGAUCUGGAUGAAUACUCCUUGGUGCACGUGUUCCUAUUUUUGUCUGUAGCAGACCUCGAUCGCUGCCUGCUAGUUUGUAAAAAGUUCCAACAUAUAAUUCAGAGAAUUGUAUUCCCAAAGAAGUGCUUAUUCGCUCUUGUGGUCAAUUCACCCAAAACAUUAAAUUUGAGUUUGUAUCAGUACACGACUCGCAAGCGGGCCAAGUUGGAAGAGAACUGGCGUGAUGGGCGGUACGAGGAACAUACACUAUUUAAUCACAACGUCAUGUACAUCUCCCAAAUGGAUAUCGAUAAAAAUCAUCUGUACAUGACCCACGGUGGAUGCUUGCAGGCCCACAAGCGAACGAAAUCCCGAUAUUUGGUAGAUACCAGAGUUCACUGGCAAGUCGGCAGCCGGCGUGAUCCUGAUAUAUCGAGCCUAGCGAAAGAAAAUGAUCGGUUUUUCGCUGGUCGCUUGGAUGGCAAGAUAAUGAUAUAUGAAAGUGGCACCGGACAGACAACGCUGCAGUCCGUAACUACGGACGUUAUAAAAUCAGUGGAUUUUUUUCAGAACGUGUAUGCGGUUACUACAAAAUUCCACGCUACAUACAUCUUAAAUCAUAGCUGGCAAGAACAAGAUUUUGAAAAUGCGGAGCUGAGGCAUGCUCACGUUUAUCCACGGGCCUAUGAGACUAUCAAACUAAAAGGCACUCGGUUGGCGGCAGGAAUGUUUCAUUGCGGAAAAGGGCAAGCAUUACAAAUGAUCGAUUUACAGAGUUGUGAUGUUGUACAGCUAAAUUCGCAAACCAAGGCUGUGUACGACUUGAUAUGGAAGGACGAAAAUUGUUUGCUCACUGGUAACUUCGAUGAUUCCAUGCGACUGGUCGAUAUUCGAACGGGUAAUGACGAAGCCUGCUGGAGCGACCCAUAUAAUGCCUCGGUGUAUUGUAUGUUUUUUAAUGGCGCAUACGCCGUUCACUGUGGCAUGAAAUAUCAUCAUCGCUCCAAUUUGUAUGAUCUUCGAGUACCAAAUCGCUGUGUGCAAAUGUAUUUUCCAUCGAAACGGAAACAUAGCUUUUCACCAGUUUAUGGUAUAAAGGCAGAUGUUGCGCAGCUUUUCCUUGUAACUGAUUAUAAUUUGCGCGUGCUCCACUUUAAUGCAGACUGGGCUGCAAAGAAGGACUACGCAUCGAUCUAAUUUUCAUCCUAGAAGUCUAGUAAGUAUACAUUGAAAAAUCAUUGAAUAAAUCUAUUGCCAUAGAACCGUAA